UCUGCAUUAAAUUUAAAAAAGUCAUUUUUCACAAAAAUCUCGAAACCAAAGACAAUAUAUAAGUAGCAGAGAUAUCUUGUAUUACUCGCAAAUCAUAUCGAAUCGUCCUAAUUUUUUAGAGUUACAACCAAAGAUAGAAACAAGGCCAAUAGGCAAUAUGACUUGCUCUAAUAAGUAUUUUUCCCUUAUUGAACCUAAGUCCUGUAUUGUUGAGUUUAAACACUUUGAACUCCAGCACUGUGAGUAAAGCCAUGAAAUGAAACUCUUACGAAGAUGCAAGUUUUCCAAUCUGUAUAAUGCUCGCCGGAGAAAUUUAUCCUCCGUCGCCGAUGCUACACUUCAUAAAUCCGAUGAUGAAGAAGACAAUAUUUGUGGGGAAUACAAAGAUUCAAUCAUUCUACCAUAUUUGCACCGCACAGUACAAGAAUGCGCAAAAACAAGGGCCGCCAUGAGUGGAAAAUCUGUGCAUACCCAGAUCAUAAAAUCUGGGUAUGAAGCUGAUGCAUUGACAACAAACAUGCUCAUCAACAUGUACUCGAAAUGCGGAUUUAUUGAUUUUGCUCGCAAGGUGUUUGAUGAAAUGCCUCAAAGAACCCUUGUUUCUUGGAACACGCUAAUGGGUUCGUAUAUACAGAACAGAGAUGAAGAUGAAGGUCUCCGUCUUUUCGUUCGAAUGCUAAGGGAAGGGAAUAAGGUUAGUGGGUUCACAGUUUCAGGUGUUCUUUGUGCUUGUGCUGCCAAGUUUGCUGUUUUAGAAAGCAAACAAUUGCAUGCUUUUGCUAUUAAGGUAUCAGUGAAAUCUAACGUUUUUGUGUCAACUGCUUUGCUUGAUGUUUAUGCUAAAUGCGGGUUGAUGAAAGAUGCUUUUCGUGUUUUCGUUUCCAUGUCUGAGAGGAAUGAGGUUACUUGGAGUUCAAUGGUUGCUGGAUAUGUCCAAAAUGAGCUGUAUGAGGAGGCUAUAAUGUUUUUUCACAGGCUACAAAAGUCCGGGAUAGAGCAUAGCCAGUUUACUCUUUCUUCGAUUAUAUCUGCUUGUGCUGCAAUGGCUGCUUUGUUAGAAGGGAACGAAACACAUGCUAUAGUAUGGAAAACUGGUUUUGGUGCCAAUGUUUAUGUGGCUUCGUCUCUUGUAGACUUAUAUGCGAGAUGUGGAAGUAUUGACGAAGCUUAUAUUGUUUUUUCAAAUGCUGAGGUAAAGAAUGAUGUAAUAUGGAAUUCAAUGAUUUCUGGCUUGGCUAGAAAUGCGCGGCCCUUAGAGGCUAUGAAGUUUUUUGAGAAAAUGCAGUUAGCGGGAUUUUACCCGAAUGAAUCGACUUACGUCUCUGUGUUAUCUGCUUGUAGUUAUAUGGGUCUUGUUGACAAGGGGCGGAUAUAUUUUGACAAGAUGAAGAAAGAGCAUAACUUGUCUCCCAAUGUAUAUCAUUAUUCAUGUAUGGUUGACAUUCUUGGUAGAAAAGGUUUGGUUGAAGAAGCUAAGGAUUUAAUAGAAAAUAUACCCUUUGCUGCAACUGCUUCCAUGUGGGGUUCUGUCUUGGCCUCUUGCAGGGUCUAUGGAAAUGUUGAGGUGGCUGAAAUUGCUGCUAAACAUCUGUUUGAGCUCGAGCCUAAUAAUGCUGGGAACCACGUGUUGCUUUCAAACAUAUAUGCUUCCAAGAGAAGGUGGGGUGACGUUGCAUCAACAAGAAAGCUUCUUAAAGACAGUGAAGCGAAGAAAGAAAGAGGCAAGAGUUGGAUACAGAUAAAAGACAAGGUUCACACGUUCAUGGUCGGGGAGAGAAAUCAUCCAAGCAUUAUAGAGGUUUAUUCAAGAUUAGAUGAAUUGUUGGUAGGUAUGGAGAAGUUAGGUUACAAAGGUGAAACAGAACAUGACCUGCAUGAUGUGGAAGUGAGCAGAAAACAUGAGCUUCUGAGACAUCAUAGUGAGAAGCUUGCUUUUACUUUUGGAUUGAUGUGUUUGCCCUCAAAUGCUCCUAUAAGAAUUAUGAAGAACCUCAGGAUCUGUGGGGACUGUCAUUCUUUCAUGAAGUUUGCUUCAAAAGUAACACGGAGGGAAAUCAUCGUCAGAGAUGUUAAUCGUUUUCAUCACUUUACUAAUGGAUCAUGUUCAUGUGGAGAAUUUUGGUAAAGAAUGCAACUGCUUUGGAUUUUAGAUCCUUUCUCUGAACCAAGUGUUUUGGUUCAGAAAGGUUUAAAAAGUAAUUAAAAUAUGGUUCUUGUAGACCUCGACAUGUAUAAGAAAUCAGAGGCAUUAUAUCACGGGGAAGUUUAUUGCCUGUUAUCUCAACAUAAUGACUUUACAACAACAAUCUGGUUAAAAAACACUUUUCCUCCGAGCAUCUGAUGUGAUCACAAACUUUGUAAACAAGCUGGACUCCAGGCAGUGCCUUUCCCAUAAUAUGAUGAGUGAAGACCAUCAGCGACAUCUUCCAACACCGUCAGGUUAGAUGCUUAUGACAUCCAGCCAGGGGUCAGAAUGCGCUUGUACAGGGUCUUUGGUGGCAAUUCAGUGUCACCAAAGGAAGGUUAUCCAGGAAUAUAAUCAAAACACCAAGUCAUCGAGAAUCUUAUGGUCCUUGUGAGAAAACAAGGAAGAGUGUAUACGUUGUGACUUUGCUGCGCAGCUGCUGAUCCGUGACUAGUAUCAGGUGGAAAUUUGGAGUUUGAGAAAGGUGAAUCUUAACAAUACUACUACCUCUCAACCUAAUGGUCUCCUCAUCUAGCAGGAGGGAUUAUUUUACUUUUGGAUCGAACAAGAACUGAUAGCUUGACUGGACUAACUGAGUGUGGAGGUAACCUGGUUGAUGAACGUAAGGAGAUAUUAUUCGUUCGCGAAGCUGCACAGCUCAUUUACCUCCUGAAGUUUGGACAUUUCAUUUGCAAGGGGAAGGAAAUGAUAUGAUGAUGGAGAUGGUAGCCACCUCUUCUAGCUGAUAUUUUAGCUCAGGUAAUUGUAAUAAGGUAGCCCAUUUUCUGAUGAGGAGUAAUUUGGAGGGACUUCCAAGUCACAAACAUACCGUAAAGUUGUCUCAGUGUGACCUAAAGGUCACGGGUUUCAUGAGUGGUACUCCACUCUCCAACACUCUUCAUAUCAAUCAUUAUUUAUUAAGAGACGUCUAACAUUCAAAGUAAAUAAGUAAAAGUGAACGGAAGGGAAUAUAUCAUUUGUCAAGUAACAAUUAAAACAAAGUGAAGUGCUAACCUAACACAAUUACGACUACUUCUAAAACACACUAGUUCAUGUUACACAACAAAAUCGAAUAUAUAAGCACUUUUAGUUGUAAUAAAGUACAAACCAAAGAACAUACCAAAUCAUUUCAAAUCAUACUUGACAACAGAUGCCACACAUGAUGAACCUUCUUAG